UUCAAUAAUGACCGACAUUGUACUAUCGCUCUUUUUACAAAAGCCAUUCGUUAGUGCUCAGCAAGCCCCGGAAAUCGAGAUUGGUGUUCAGCUCUCAGGUUAGUAUGUCCUGUUCUUUAUCCUUUAAAAUUGUCUUUUCUUUCUUCUGAUAAGGAUUCUUGACUUAGCUUGUUGUUUUUCCCCAACCUCUGCUUACUUUCUCAUUCUUCUUCAUUGAUGUGAUUCCUUGCUAUUUAAUCUUUCUAAUCAAAUGACGAAUCAUGCUUCAUCCUCUUUUCAUUCUCAAUUCAUUUAUUGUUCUGAUUUUGAUGAUACCUCAAUUUGGGAUGAGAUGAAUCUAACUCCUCUCUAUGAUUUUGAGAAUGAGUUUCAUGAACUCAAUCAACCAACUGUUAGAGCUGAGGCUGUUGCUGAAAUUGAACCUUCAAGGGAGGUAGUAGUUCAGAGGAAAGAAAAAGAGGAGAAAAGGACAUUUUCGAAAAAGCUUAGGUGUAGGGAGUUAGGGAUUUCCGAAUGGCCGCAGAAAAAAUUCUUAAGGUUGGAGGAUAACCUGGAAAUUUCUACUCCUCCUCCUUACCAGUGUAACCAUUCCAUUACUGAGAACUCCCUCUGGGAUUAUCAGUAUGAGGAAUGCGCUUUGGCUCCAGUAGGUGAAGCUUCAAGAUCCUCGAGCGAUGAACACAUUCGCAGUUUUGGCCAAGAAUUUGAUUCUAUCUGGAAUUUCAAGGAUGAGGUACCAGAAGUAAAAGAAAUCAAUGAGGUUGCAACUGAGGAAAUUAUAGAAGAAGCAUCCAACCCAGUCAUAACCAUUGUGGAUAAGAAGAGCACCUCUGAAAAAUCUUGGAGCAUUGAAAUGAUUUCAAAAUUCUUCCACUUACCAGUUGUCCAGGCGGCAAGGGAAUUACACAUAGGAAAAGACAAGCUGAAGAAAAUAUGCACCGAGUUGGGAAUCAAUCAAUGGCCACAUAGGAAAUUACAGUACAUGGAUCGACUGUUGAGCAAGUUUAAGAAAGAUUUUGACCAAGGGGAGAAGGUGAUUGAGCUAGAACACGAAAGUGAGCAGAUGUUAGCAAACCCCAACAAUGAGUUAGGCUUAGAAACUCAAACACUGGGGGAAUCUUCUUCUAAACAGAAAAGAUAUCAACAAUUGAUAAAUCUUGCUCACUCUACUUCCUUUGCCAAUUCAUCUCGUGUUCCAUGGGAAGAUGAAAUGUUUUAAACUUCACUUAGUAAUUUCUAUCCUAGUUAUUUAUGUUUUAAUUUUCCUUUGUUAAAAAAAAAAAAUUGUUUUAUGUUUGUUUGAAUUUAAGUUAUGAUUAAUUUAUGACUUCUGUUUUUCCGUGAUUGUCUCUUAUAGUUUUUAACAGGAAGGCUAAAAGAUGUGUAGAACUAGUGGACUUCUCUACUCUUGUUGCUGCACGAGAAUCAUAGGGGAGUA